AUGAAUCUGACGAUAUCAAUAUUGCUGAUACUCUUUGUGGGAUGGGGUUUCAUCCGAUAUGUUGAGGCAAAGUACAAUGAUGCCAUCGAUUUCUAUCAUAGAGCAGAAGCGAUUUGUAAGAAGUAUUCUCCGUGUUUCCAAGGUUUUCGUGCUUAUGUUCUCAGUGAUAUUGGUGAUGUUUUAUAUAAGCAAGAAAAUUAUGACGAAGCAUUUGAAUAUUAUCAGCAAGAUCUUGACAUUCGAGAAAGUUAUUAUACAUCUGCUUAUAUGAAUAUUGUUUAUAAUUUGAAUAAUAUGGGCAACAUUCGAAAAAGUCAAGAAAAAUAUAAUGAAGCUAUCAAAUUCUAUGAACGUUCCUUAGAAAUCUAUCAGAAAUAUUUUUCAUCGCAUCAUUUGAACAUUGCAAACAAACUCAUGAAUAUUGGUAACAUUAGAUUUAAGCAAAGAAAAUAUGAUCAAGCUAUUGAUUGUUAUCAACAGUCAGUCGCUCUUCUUAAUGAGUAUCAUCCUGAUGAUCAUAUUAACAUUGCUGAGGGCCUAGAAUGGAUUGCAUUUAUUUUGAAUCAAACUGAAGAAAAUGAUAAUUCUGCCAAAUAUCUCGAACCACGUUUAAGAGUUAGAGAAGCUAGUCUCUCUCCGGAAAAUUUGACCGUUGUUAAGACUCUUUCAGUCUUCUCUGUCGUACAAGAAAGUCGACAUGAAUAUAAAUUUUCUCUAGCGUAUGACUUGAAAUGCUUUUUAAUGCGCAAAAAAAUUCUUCCACCAGAUCAUCAAGAUAUUGGCAUAUCUUUGUGCAAUAUUGGUAGAAAUUACGAACAUGUUAAUCAACCAAAGCUAGCACUUAACUAUUAUAAACAAGCACUAGUUGUCUAUGAACAAUGUCUACCUGCUUCCGAUGAAGAUCGUCUAGAACUAGAAUCGGAUAUUCAACGACUUUCGGAAGGAUCACACGAGUGA